AUGAUCAACGCCGUCCUCGUCUUCAACAACAAUGGACAACCCCGUUUGACCAAGUUCUACACACAGAUCGACACCCAAACCAAACAAUCCCUAAUUGCGCAAAUCUACAACCUCGUCUCCCAACGCCCCGCCAGCGUCUGCAAUUUCCUCCCUCUCCCACCACUUCUCUCCCGCGGCGCAAGCUCCGGCGCAGAAAAUGGCCCCUCCGACGCCCCCACCCAAAUCACCUACCGGAACUAUGCCACCUUGUCGUUCAUCAUGAUCUCCACGUCGACUGAGUCGCCGUUGGCGCUAAUCGAUCUAAUCCAGGUCUUCGUGGAGGCGUUGGACCGCAUGUUCGAGAACGUGUGCGAGCUGGAUCUGAUCUUCGGGUAUGAGACUAUGCAUGCGGUGCUGAGUGAGAUGAUUGUUGGGGGUGUGGUAGUGGAGACGAACAUUGAUAAGAUUGUGUCGGCGAGCGCGAAAUUAAUUGAACUUCUUCUUUUCUUCUUCUUCUUGACUGUCAAUCCUGCACCCAACGCCGCCGCGGAUCCCGUCGACAAAAUGCCUGCCCAGAAGUCCGGAAAGAAGACUGCUCCCCUCCCUUACCCCCAGGGUAAGGCUGGCGCUAAGAAGGCUCCCAAGAACCCUCUCAUCGAGAAGCGCCCCCGCAACUUCGGCAUUGGCCAGGACAUCCAGCCCAAGCGCAACCUCGGCCGUUUCGUCAAGUGGCCCGAGUAUGUCCGUCUGCAGCGCCAGAAGAAGAUCUUGAACCUCCGUCUCAAGGUCCCUCCCUCCAUUGCUCAGUUCCAGAACACCCUGGACCGCAACACCGCUGCCCAGACCUUCAAGUUCCUCAACAAGUACCGUCCCGAGACCAAGGUCGAGAAGAAGGAGCGUCUCCACGCCGAGGCCACCGCCGUCGCUGAGGGCAAGAAGAAGGAGGAUGUCUCCAAGAAGCCCUACAACGUCAAGUACGGUCUUAACCACGUUGUCGGCCUCGUCGAGAACAAGAAGGCUUCCCUUGUCCUGAUUGCUCACGACGUUGACCCCAUUGAGCUGGUUGUCUUCCUUCCCGCUCUUUGCCGCAAGAUGGGUGUCCCUUACGCUAUUGUUAAGGGUAAGGCUCGUCUUGGAACUGUUGUUCACAAGAAGACCUCCGCUGUCCUCGCUCUCACCGAGGUCCGCUCCGAGGACAAGGCCGAGUUCGCCAAGCUCCUCUCCGCCGUCAAGGAGGGCUACUCCGACAAGUACGAGGAGUCCCGCCGUCACUGGGGUGGUGGUAUCAUGGGCGCCAAGGCUGUUGCCCGCCAGGAGAAGAAGCGCAAGGCCGUUGAGGGUGCCAUCCGUGUCUAA